CCAUGACAGACAGCGCUUUAUCCUGGCAUUCCUGCUGCUGCCGGCUGGGACCAUGAUUUUCUCCACGCUCGCAUCUUUGUUCUCAUGUCAGACUUGCGCUCGUUCAGCCGCACCGAGACCGGAGGCAGCGGGGAAUCGCCUUUAACUUUCACUGAGCACCCUCGACGUUCGCCGCUGCAGCAGGUACUUCUCAGACUUGAGGUGUCGAAGCAGCCAUGUGGAGCAGAGAGAGCGCUCCUUCACUCCUCAUCUGUCUGCUGGCUCUGGCAGUCCUCUGGAAAAGCAGAUCAGUGAAUGCAGACGCCACAUCUGAUGCCUUCAACACCAACAUCACCCUGUUCACCCGCAUCCUGGACAGCCUGCUGGAUGGAUACGACAACCGUCUGCGGCCUGGACUGGGAGACAGGGUAACCGAGGUGAAGACAAACAUCUUCGUCACCAGCUUUGGACCCGUUUCAGACACAGACAUGGAGUACACCAUCGAUGUUUUCUUCCGGCAAAGCUGGAAGGACGAGCGGUUGAAAUUCCGCGGACCCAUGAACAUUUUGCCCCUCAACAACCUGAUGGCGAGCAAGAUCUGGACGCCCGACACCUUCUUCCACAACGGGAAGAAGUCUGUGGCUCACAACAUGACCAUGCCCAACAAACUGCUGAGGAUCCAGGACGACGGGACGCUGCUGUACACCAUGAGGUUAACUGUGCAUGCAGAGUGCCCCAUGCAUCUGGAGGACUUCCCCAUGGACUUUCACUCCUGUCCUCUAAAGUUUGGCAGCUACGCCUACACCAUCUCAGAAGUGACUUACGCUUGGACCCGGAACGCCUCGGACUCGGUGGUGGUGGAAGGAGAAAACUCCCGCCUGAAUCAGUACGACCUGCUGGGCCAAACGGUCGGACAGGAGACCAUCAAGUCGAGUACAGGUGAAUACACGGUGAUGACGGCUCAUUUCCAUCUGAAGAGGAAGAUCGGCUACUUUGUCAUCCAGACGUACCUCCCAUGCAUCAUGACCGUCAUCCUGUCUCAAGUGUCUUUCUGGCUCAACCGAGAGUCGGUGCCGGCCCGCACUGUGUUCGGUGUGACCACCGUGCUCACCAUGACGACGCUGAGCAUCAGCGCCAGGAACUCCCUGCCCAAGGUGGCCUACGCCACCGCCAUGGACUGGUUCAUCGCCGUCUGCUACGCCUUUGUCUUCUCCGCCCUGAUCGAGUUCGCCACCGUCAAUUACUUCACAAAGCGCGGCUGGGCCUGGGACGGGAAGAGCGUGGUGACUGACAAGAAAAAAGAGAGGGCGUCCAUUGUGAAGAAGAACAACGCCUACGCCGUAGCGGUCGCCAACUACGCACCCAACAUCACCAAGGACUCCAGCACUCUUCCAACCAUCGCCAAGGGCGGCGCCGCCGAGCCCAACAAGCCCAAAGCGGACGGAAAGGCCCCGGACAGCAAGAAGACGUUCAACAGCGUCAGCAAAAUUGACAGGAUGUCACGGAUUUUGUUCCCGGUCCUCUUUGGCAGCUUCAACCUCGUCUACUGGGCCACCUACCUAAACAGAGAACCCGUUAUAAAGGACAUGGUCCCGUCCAAUUAGAGGCCGGCUUCUGGUCCGGGGGGGCCGAGCGACGAACCAAAUACCUCCAGCAAACUGUGUACACACUUCCCUUUGCAGCGUGAAGUCCUGGAUUGCAGUGUGAUCCUCUAUCUCCGCCUGUUUUCUACACUGUCUGCAGCACUUUUGAGAAGCCUGGCUUUUUGUAAAUGUGUAUGUAUAUUUCUAUCCAUGGUGACAUCGUGUGGUUACGUUGGUUAGAGUGCAUAUUUCCUUUAAAGUCUGUCUCCAGUUACGGUACGUGGCCACUGUACAUACCGAUCCAACCAAGAGUAAAACACACCAACAUGAUCACAGACAUUUUAUUUACGGUUUCUUCUAAGUGUGUUGAAUUUU